AACACUGCCAGGGGUUCCAUGCCUCGGCUCUCUCGAACUGGCCUGCUGGCUUGGGAAGAUCUGCUCUGAAAUUUUUAUUCCGUGUUCCUUUCUUAAGCAACUGGUUGUUAUUUUAGGGGUCACCAAGGGGACCGGCGCAGGCUCCUGAGUCUGGCAGUGGGAAAUAUGACAGCAGAAGUGAGCGCUUGUUAACGUCAGGGAUUUCCUGAGGAAAAAGGACAAAAUGCCUUUCAAAGGGUUCGAUUCGCUGAAGGAAAGAUUUUUUAACCCAGGAAAGGAAGAAGUGAAGAACACCGUUAGCGACUCACUGGGGAAUCUGCGAAGGAAAAUCGAUGGCACCAACAUCGAGGAGGAUCACAUUGAGCUGACAGAAGAGGGGAGGCCUGUGCAGGCCAGCACCCGCAAGCCACAAGCAUGUGACUGCUACUGCUGUGGACUGCCCAAGCGCUACAUCAUCGCCAUCAUGAGCGGCCUGGGCUUUUGCAUUUCCUUUGGAAUUCGGUGCAACCUGGGUGUUGCCAUCGUGGAAAUGGUGAACAAUAGUACUGUUUAUAUUAAUGGCAAACCAGAGCUGCAGAAAGCCCAGUUCAACUGGGAUCCAGAGACAGUGGGACUCAUACAUGGCUCUUUUUUCUGGGGUUACAUUGUGACACAAAUUCCAGGAGGGUUCAUCGCAAAUAAAUUGGCUGCUAACAGGGUGUUUGGAGCAGCUAUUUUUCUAACAUCUACACUGAACAUGUUCAUCCCUUCUGCAGCAAGAGUACAUUAUGGCUGUGUGAUGUUUGUAAGAAUUCUGCAGGGUCUGGUGGAGGGCGUCACCUACCCAGCCUGCCAUGGGAUGUGGAGUAAGUGGGCUCCUCCACUGGAGAGAAGCAGGUUGGCAACGACAUCAUUCUGUGGGUCCUAUGCAGGUGCAGUGGUUGCCAUGCCAUUGGCAGGUGUGCUAGUACAGUAUAUAGGAUGGUCAUCGGUCUUUUAUAUUUAUGGAAUGUUUGGGAUUGUUUGGUACGUGUUCUGGCUGCUUCAUGCCUAUGAGAGUCCUGCUGCACACCCAACAAUAACCAGAGAAGAAAGAGUAUAUAUAGAAACAAGUAUUGGAGAAGGAGCCAGCCUAGCUAGUGCAAACAAAUUUAGUACUCCCUGGAAAAGAUUUUUCACUUCAAUGCCAGUUUAUGCGAUCAUUGUGGCUAACUUUUGUAGAAGCUGGACCUUCUAUUUGCUCCUUAUAAGCCAGCCUGCUUACUUUGAAGAAGUCUUUGGAUUUGCAAUAAGUAAGGUUGGCCUUUUGUCUGCAGUUCCCCACAUGGUCAUGACAAUCAUCGUACCCAUUGGAGGGCAGAUAGCUGACUUCUUACGGAGCAGGAAGAUUUUAACUACUACCACUGUAAGGAAGGUCAUGAAUUGUGGAGGUUUUGGGAUGGAGGCAACCUUGCUUUUGGUGGUUGGUUAUUCCCAUACAAAAGGCGUGGCUAUUUCUUUUCUGGUGUUAGCUGUAGGUUUCAGUGGCUUUGCGAUUUCAGGAUUCAAUGUGAAUCACUUGGACAUAGCCCCACGUUAUGCCAGCAUCCUGAUGGGGAUCUCCAAUGGUGUGGGGACACUGUCGGGCAUGGUGUGCCCACUCAUCGUUGGUGCAAUGACAAAACAUAAGACCCGCGAAGAGUGGCAAAAUGUCUUUCUGAUCGCAGCCCUGGUGCACUACAGUGGAGUAAUAUUCUAUGCUAUCUUUGCUUCUGGGGAGAAGCAGGAAUGGGCUGACCCUGAAAACCUGAAUGAAGAGAAAUGUAGUAUAAUUGAUCAGGAUGAACUGGCAGAAGAAACUGAGAUGAACAAUGAAACUUUUGUAAGUCCAAAGAAAACAUAUGGUGCUACCAGUCAAAACAGUGAAAUACAGAGAAGAGAAUGGAGAAAGCAAAAGCAAAUAACUCAAGACAUGGAAGAACAGACUUCUUACCAUUACGAAAAUGGGAAUUUUCAAGAUUUGUCAUAAAUACUUGAAAUUGUAAGGUUUGUAUAGCAGCUAUUCCAAUCUUCCCUUCUGUCUAGCUGCCCUAAAUCAUCUGGUAUCCAUAUUUAUUUUCUUAUUCAAUUGUGUAAUGUCUGUCCUUGUGGCUAGACACGAGGGGUAAUACUUGCCUUCUAAUAUUGUGGAAGAGAUCUAACAACAACGGGACUGGGAGAAGUGACACUAAAUCUUCACUUUGCCACUGGAUUCCCUUGGACAGAGCUCCUGUACCUGUUAAACGAUCGGCCCUGGCAAAGUUCCUGCCUGGUGCAAGCCUAUGACUGUAGGAACAAGCAGCAGCCUUUUCUUCUCUUCUGAACAGACAAAGGACAAGGUCAUAUCAGAUGGCGGAUACACGGUCAUGUAUGUGCUUGGUGGGGCUCCAGUGGCACAACAGUCUGUCAUGAGUGGCACUGCUUUGCCUUUUGAGGAUUCCUGUAGGUUAACAUUUGAGAUGCUUAACGCAUGUCAAACUGAAAACUGCAAAAGUGGAGGGAAAAAACAGAUUUAUGACCUGAGGCUGUAACCACUAAUGGUCACUCAACAACAGGAAGGUAACAUGUAGCAGAGAUGGCACAGUAUUGCUUCAACAUUUCCCUUAAAUUGAUUAUCAGUCUGCUUUAUAGGCAUAAUCCACAGGGUCUGGAUGAGGCAAUAAAAUGGAUACUUAUAAGAUUUGUCCCCCUUCAAAGAUUUUGUGCCGGCAUUAAAUAAUUUUGAAUAUAAAUCAUCACUAGAGGUGCAAUAUUAUAAAUCCUUAUAAAAGGAAAUCAUUAUCCUGCUGGGAUUAGGUUUAUCACUCAAUUCAUUAUUGUGAAGUAAUUUAAAUAUAUUUUUCUAGCAUUAUACUGUUACAGUUCCUGGACUCAACCCCAACAGCCUUUAUUUAGAUGAAUAAGCUUAUUUAGAUGAGUAAAGUCUUUAGUUCUGGAUCUACAACUUCUUCUUCAUCAAUGCCCCAGUCUCACUGUUGCAAAAAAUGUAGUACUAUAGCAUCUGAGAGACAGCAGAAUAUCUAUGUCUAAAAGUAAUUUUCUUUUUCUAUAGGUAUAUAUGUUAUGCAUAAUGUGGCUUUAGCUUUUUUUCCACAAUUUUUAGAAUCAGCCAGUGGAACAUGCCAUAUUAUUCAAACAGCUGCAACUCAGAUUCAUUGUGGCAUUAAUAUUCAUUUCAGAAUGGAGUAUUUCAGUAAGAUAUUAUUUAAUUUGUCUUACAUUAUUAUUACUGCCUCAUUAAAUUCAAAUGAAAGCUACCCUCUCUAGUCUACAAUGUGCUUUGUGAUAUUUCAGUAUGAUUGUUCUCAUAUACAGCCACUGUGAUGCACACAAGAUGAGAACAUCUCUAAUACUCGUUUUACUGUUUUGUUGAAGCACAAUUGAAUACCAUGAGUGGAAUUACAUUUGUACAAUCAGUUGAAUCCAUGGAUGAUAUAUCUUCCCUACAAGUGUAACUAAACAGGGAAACCAGGAAAUUAGCUAAUUCUCUUUAUAUAUCUCUGGUUCCUUUUCUACCUAGAAAAUCCAAUCUACAAGAGUAUACAUGGAUGAAAGUGAGGCAAAGGUGCAUCUAAUUUGGUUUCAAUUAGGAUUUUUAAACUGGUAUUAACUGAUUAUUUAAUGAUACAGGUAUUGCUAUGGUGCAGAGCAAUCCUACCUUGACACUAUGCAGUUUAUUAACAAACCACUCCAAAAAAAACCCCAAAAAACAAAACAAACAAACAAACAAACAAACAAACAAAAAACCCUAAUCCUUUUAACUUUAAUC